AUGCAGACAGCGGUGCACCACCUGCAGCCGCAGGUGUUGCCCCAGUAUCCUCGCCAAUCGCUCAAUCGCCCUCUCAACACCAACCCGGCAGCCAUCCCUACUCCCCCGAUCGCUCCACGCAAGCGCAAGAGGCCACAGCAGUAUACCGUCAACUACAGCGAGGUCCAGGAAGUCGAUAGCACAGGCCAAGUUCGCGAGGUUAUCAUCAUCGAAGAUACCCCGCCUCCUCCCACUGCUUCACCCGCCUCAACGGCGCAUACGCAAAUCUAUUCAGCGUCAUAUCAACCGCCGGUGUACUCCGCACACCCUAGAACACGGGCCCGUGCUGCUGCAGAGGCGGCGCAGCUGUCGGCCAGCACGUCUUCUGCACUCACUGCCCAGCCAGCGGCGAAGAAGCGCAAACGAGACCCCGCCGACGAUGCUGGCACCGUCACGAAGAAGGCGAAUGGCCACCUGUCGACCGUCGUAGUCCCACAUAAAACACUGGCCAGCGGUAGCGGUAUCUUCCCUGAGACUGCGUCUAAGGAUCAGGUCCCCUGCGACGACAAGGAAGGACACUACAUAAUCGUGCCCGACGACAUGAUCUACAAACGCUAUCGUACGGUCCGUCUUUUGGGCCAGGGGACCUUCGGAAAGGUGGUCGAGGCUGUCGACACGCACACGAAUACAAGAGUAGCUAUCAAGAUCAUUCGCGCGAUACCCAAAUACCGCGAUGCAAGCAAGAUUGAAGUCCGUGUUCUCCAAAAGCUCAAGGAGCGGGAUCCCACCAAUCGGCAUAAAUGCAUCCAUCUAUUGGAAUGGUUUGACCAUCGGCAUCACAUAUGUCUGGUAUCAGAGUUGCUAGGCAUGUGUGUGUAUGACUUUCUCAAGGAGAACGAGUUUGCGCCCUUUCCACGUCAACAUAUACAAUCAUUUGCUCGGCAAUUACUCGGGAGUGUGGCUUUUCUUCAUGAAUUACGUCUGAUCCACACGGAUCUGAAGCCGGAAAAUAUCUUAUUGGUUAACAACGACUACCGGAUUGUUACGAUCCCUGCUGCGACUGGCAAGCGCAAUGCCACACCACGGAAUAAGCGAAUACUAGAUUCGACGGAAAUCCAUUUGAUUGACUUCGGAUCUGCGACCUUCGAGGACGAAUAUCACUCCAGUGUCGUGUGCACACGUCAUUAUCGUGCUCCUGAAAUUAUUCUCAGUAUGGGUUGGUCUUUUCCUUGUGAUGCGUUCUCCCUUGGCUGCAUCCUAGUCGAGUUCUACACUGGUGUUGCCCUCUUCCAAACACACGACAACCUGGAGCAUCUCGCGAUGAUGGAACAGGUGAUGGGUAAAAUGCCGGAAAGCUUUGCCAAGAACGCCGAGCGGAAUAAGCCGGAGUUCUUCAAGGAGGGCCACAAACUCGACUGGCCGAAACCCAAGGCGUCCAGGCAGAGCAAGAAAGAAGUGCGAGCUUGCCGCAGUUUGCAGGAUAUUAUUCCAGGAACUGACCAAAUCAACAAGCUGUUCCUCGACCUCGUCAGAAGGUUACUCACAUUCGACCCCAGCAAGAGGAUAUCGGUGAGGGAGGCCCUCAACCACCCGUACUUCAAUAUCCAAAUUCCCAACGAAUUGUGA